GUUUUGUUGAAGUUUUAUAACCGAUUUGUCUCAAAAUUAUUGUUUUCUCAUAUAUGAAACAAUGUCUUAUCAACUAUACCGAAAUACCACACUCGGGCAUACUCUACAAGAGAGUUUGGAUGAGUUAAUUCAAUACGGUCAAAUAACCCCUCAAUUGGCCUGUAAAGUUUUACUGCAGUUCGAUAAAUCCAUAAACACGACUCUGGCCACAAGAGUUAAGUCUCGGUUAACUUUUAAAGCUGGCAAAUUGAAUACGUACAGGUUUUGUGACAAUGUGUGGACUUUCAUGUUGAACGAUGUGGAAUUUAGGGAGGUCCAAGAAAUUACCAAAAUCGACAAAGUCAAAAUUGUAGCAUGUGAUGGUAAAAAUCUUGCUGAAGAAGGAAGUUCCAAAAAAUAGUCUAUUUUUUUAUGUUUGCAUGGAUAAUUUUAAGUAUUUUGUGAAUAAUGUGGAUAAUUUUAAGUAUUUGUGAAAUGUGAAAGGUUUUAAUAUUUUUUUAAUAGGUACCUUAAAAACUAUUAUAACAUAAGUGGUUUAAUAUAUUUUUG